AUGUUCAUGGAAAACUAUGUAGCUUUCAAGGGUUGCAUUGAGAUUUUAUUAGGCUCCGCAGAAAACAUAUCUUCCCAAGCCGAGAGUGUGCAGGGAGCGGUAGACACCUUCUCUCAUUCGCAUCAAGAUACCAGCAAAAACGGUUCUCAGGCUGAAAAUUAUCCGUCGACUAUGUCAGAUACGGUCGCUUUCUUCGACGUGAUGGAUACGUUUUCGAGCAAGACAUCGAAUGAGCAUACCGAAGACCAAGAUCACCAAGCGCAUUUGAGUGACUCGUCGGAAAGUGAUUCCGAGAUGAUUCUGAAGAUGCUGGUCCCCAGAUUAAGAUGA